CAACUGUAACACAAAUUAAUCUAUUUCAUUUUAGCAACGUUGUUUUCAUGUCUAAUCUUAAGCUUUGAAGAAAUGUCACUAUAAUAACCUAAAGUCACCCUCAAUUAAAUAAUUUAUAUUUUUUUGUUUGCUCUUUACUUCACAUUGCUUCACUUCUCUCUUUUACUUCUUUAAAAUCUAACCUUCUUUCCAAAUUCUCUCAAAUUUCAGAAUCUCUUCCACUCCACCAACAAAGGUGAGAGAUUCUAAAUUCUAAAUUCUAAACCUAAUUUUUUUUCUUCUUAUCUCCAAAAUGAAGAACACAAACACUAACACAAAACUCAUUCUUCUCCAUCCAUAUAUCCAAAAACAAGGAAACUCAAAUCGAUUAUGGCUUCUAGCAUUCAUAUCAAUUCUCACUUUAGCAUUCCUUGCAACACUCAUUUACACAAGAGACAGAGAAUCAACCACAAACACUGCAAUAAUUUCUUCUGUUAUUACCACUCCUGUUUCUGCACCAUUACCAGCAACAGUUAUCAACACUCUCCUUCACUAUGCUUCAAAAUCCAACGACUCAUACCAUAUGACAUACUCUGAUCUCAAACCAAUCUCCGACGUGCUUCGAAAGUGUUCAUCGCCAUGUAACUUGCUUGUUUUUGGCCUCACACCAGAGACUCUUCUAUGGAAAGCACUUAACCAUAAUGGAAAAACAGUGUUCAUCGAUGAAAAUCGGUAUUAUGCUGCAUAUAUAGAAGAAAAACACCCUGAGAUUGAUGCUUAUGAUGUUCAAUAUACAACAAAAAGGAGUGAGAUGAAAGAGCUUAUAGCUUCAGCUAAAGAACAUGUAGCAAAUGAGUGCAAGCCAGUGCAGAAUCUUUUAUUCUCGGAUUGCAAACUUGGAAUUAAUGAUCUUCCAAACCAUGUGUAUGAAGUUGAUUGGGAUGUAAUAUUGGUUGACGGGCCUCGUGGGGAUUGGCCGGAAGCUCCCGGGAGAAUGUCGGCGAUAUUUACCGCCGGGGUGUUGGCUAGAAGUAAGAAAGGUGGUAACCCAAAGACUCAUGUGUUUUUGCAUGAUUUUUCUGGUGAAGUUGAACAAGUUUGUGGGAAUGAGUUUUUGUGUAAAGAGAAUUUGUUGGAAGCAAGUGAGAGUAUGGGGCAUUAUGUUUUGGAAAGGAUGAAUGAGAGCAGUGUUCAGUAUUGUAAAGGGUCUUCUUCAUCCACCUAAUGCAUCUAUGAAAUCAUAGAAAUCGCGAUGACACCAUGAUUUUGUCGAGGUCCAAAAUGUAGUUUUUAUCAAAAUCACGGUGGCUCGACGUGACUAUACAAAAGACAAUUCAAACAUGCAUUAAUUAGUUGCUCCUUCUCUUCCAUUUAAAUUUCUCAUAAAUGUCUUAGUCACACAAUUGAUUCAUCUACCAUCAGUUAUUUUACCCUUAUGGUGUUUUGGGUAUUUAUCAUCAUCCAUUUUACUCUCCAUUUAUGUUUUGUUUGUUUCUUGGUUUGCAGAUUGUAAAAAUUAAUAAUUCUUUUUGUUUUUCAUUCGAAGGCAAUGAAAAUUGUAAUUUGUUCAAUGAAUGAAUUCAACCUUUCAAA